GAUCCCCGUCGCCAGGGCCACUCUUGGGCCCAGAAUCCCGAGCCCAGCCUGCAGGUGCCCUGUUCCGGUAGGCUUUUCUGGCGCUUUGCCCUGGCAGUGGCAGUGACUCGAGCAGAGGGGAAAGAAUUAACUUCCUUGACAGCGGGAGAUCCGUUGGGGAACGAGGUCUGGUUCGGGACAACGGCGUACAGUCUCAGGCCCUCAACGGGGCAGUCGGUCUUUUUUACAGGAUCCCAUCCCCUAUCUCCUGGUGUUUGCCUGGGUGUCCGCAGGGAGCGAAACUGGGGAGGUGGUUUCGGAGAGUUGGGAAUUGAGGGUUGACUAACACAGUAAGUACUUUGAGAAUUUGUCAGACUUGCGACACCAUUGAAAGUGUGAAAAAGUGUAGGAGCCAAAUGUCCAACCGAGGCAAUAGUGUCGUCACAUCACAUCAAUCUGCAUUGGUCCACAGAGACAUAUACACAUGCAGCACGAGACGAAGGAGGAGCUCUAUCUCGACGGUAAGCCGCACCAUAGCGUUUGGUGAUGGAAGCAGGCUAUCGCGGGUCGACUAUCCAGAGUCCCUAGCCGGUGUAUCGAAGUUACUACUCCCAGAGGGCCCAGUGGUUCUGGUUGCGAUUGUGGUUGUGCGAAGGAGGCCUAUCCAAACUAGGCAGGCCAUGUGCUCUUGGAAGGGGGGGGACUUGAGGAAUGAAUUAAUCCUCCGCUCUGCGCGCAUACACAUCCAGAGCACAAUUAGAGAGAGAGAGAGAGAGAGAGAGAGAGAGACGGCAUUACGUAUCCACCACGUACAAUUUAUCUUUGCGUGCGUACUUGCGCAAGUCAGUCAGAAGGAUGGAUCAUCUCAGUGCCACCUUCCCUUCUCAUCGGUUCUCCAUAUGAACUCAUUUAUCAUCAUGGUUACGUCGAGUUAUACGAUCUACACAUGUUGACAGGCAUUCCUCCUCUAAAACGGGGGAAGAGGAAUGGAUAAGAGCAAGACAACGAACUGCAGUGCAGCCCUUGU